CUUUGCCGGAAAUACAAGCAGGCAAAGAAUGGCAUCGCCGAAAGUGGAAAGGCUUUCAACAGACUCGACAAAGCCGCACCAGCCAACUUAAAGACAGGCUGGUUAGCAAGUGAGAGGAUUGCUCAGUCCAACAGAAUACAAGAUCCAGCUCCGAUGGAUAUAUAUGAGAUUAAUAUCAAGAAGGCACCAAGCAAAAAGGAGAUAGAGCUUAGACUGCUGCAGGAGGGUAAUGCCCGUCAUGCAGCACCCUCUCACAGAUCUGUGGCAACAUGGAUAUCAAUGGGCCUAGCAAUUGAAGAGGCUCAAAUUGCAUUGCACAUCGAGGUCCGAAGAAUAGGAAAAAGAACUACAGAGACUCAGAGAUUAGACAUC